UAGGGUUCAUAGCCUGUGACAGUAGUAUUGGGUUGUCACAACAAUGUUGUAUUUCAUCAUCAUUAGCAUGGCGUUUAUGCAGCGGCAUGCCUAAUGUAUUUAAACUUUGGUCGGCCGCAGAAACGUAAAGAGAGGCUUCGUGCAAAACUGAUCAGUAACUAACGGUGAGUCGUAACAUACUCUAUAAUAUACAUCUCUUACAAAAUCUUUUUCGUCGUAAUUUAGGUGGGCCCUAGAACAAAAUUCACGGGGAGGCCACACGUCGGCAUUUGCUGUCAUUAAAUCCGAAAACGCAGUUGGCGUUAUUUUGGCGGCGUCCAGCGCUCUACUGCGCAAGGCUGUGGAAACGCAUGCGAUCUCCGGCGGCGAAAGGCCACGGGAUGGAUAUCGAUUUUCUCGCUAUCUGACGGAACCAAACGGCGUGUGCGUGUGGACAACAAUAUUGUUUCCGAUGCCGUCAAACCGUUAAACAAUAUCGCCCGUCGUUCUCCCAGACGAUAUAAACGAAUAAAAGUUCUCACGGACGAGAGUACGGGACGUUUCCCCGAGAAAACAACUCGGACUUGUGUCUUUAUUAUUAUACAGUUGAGUGGUUGAUAACUUUACGUUUGUAGACUAGUGGAAACAACGCCGUCGUGUGAUAUGGCUUGGAAAUUGUUGAUAACCAUUUACAAUUUCAUUGUAUUGGCGCACUGCGUGGACUGGUCAGGAAAAAUCUACCAGACAAACGCGGCUUUAGAAAAAGAAAACCUCAUGUUUUGUUACGAGUGCAAUACAAUGGUAAACGGGAAAAGCUGCAGUGAUUUCACAAACAAGGAAGAGUAUUUGAGAUUCUCUACGAAAUGUACAGGAGAUAGAAAAACAUGCAUGGUGAAACGAUAUUCGUACACGAGCUCGAGCAACGAGAACAUCACUUCCGGCCAACAGCUCUGGUCACUGGAACGCAACUGUUCGGGCAAAUGCGAGGACGGGUGCAUCGUGAUCGGCGAACGGAUCAAGAUCUACGCGUGUCAGGCGUGUUGCGAGUCACCGCUGUGUAACGUGUCCAACGGAUCCGACCGUCGGUCUUCGACUCCGUCGUUCGUCGUUUGUCUGACGUUCUUGUUCUUGCUCUUGAGAACUGUCGUCGAUCAGCUACAGUUGCCGUCGUCGAAACGACCGUCCGCCACAUUCUUUUCCACUUCCUCAUCCCCAUCAUCCGCUCCAUUCCACUUGUCGUCAGACACUAGACACUUAACAAAAAAAAUCAAUAAAUAUUUUAUAUUUUUAUCAUCGAUCCAUAACAUAUUCACCUCACGGUUUGUCGCUUUCAACACAUCGUUGGUAGAUUUUUUUCCUAAAAAAAUAAUUAAUAUCAUAUAGGUAAUUACAUAUUUUUAGGUGACCGUAUAAAUAUAAAUACCUACCUAUUGUCAAAAACACAGAAGGCAUUGAACGUAUAAUAGGUAGGUAUAUACCUAUAUAAUACCUACCAUAUUAUGCAAUACAUAUACCUAUUAUACCAAUAUUAUACCUACCUACUAUAAAAGACAUCAGAAGAGCCGAAAUAUAAUUAUCUGAAACUCGUUGACAAAAUACCUACCGAUGAGUGGUGAAUGAUGACCACCUCCAUGAACAAAUUAUUUACACAUUUAAGUAUUAACUAAUUAAUAUCGAAAUAAUAAUAUCGAAUGAGAAUAACCACUAUUAUAAGCAGUGCUCGAAUUGGGAAAAAUUAAGUAGAGGAGUUCAAUAUAACGAUUUAAAAACUGCGUUCCAAGGGCGCAAUUAUUCAACACAGACUAUUCAAAAAAUAGUAGGGGUACGCAAAAAAAAAUAAAAAUAGUAGGGGAGCUCCGUCCCCCUGCGCACCACCCCAAUUCGAGCACUGAUUAUAAGUACUUCCCAUAUCACAUGACACGUGUCACUGGCGUAUUUAGGUUUUUGUCUAGGGGGGAAUA